CACAGAAGACUGAGGAACAAUCAGCAGCAUCUGUCAGCUUUUCCUGUAUGGAUGAAGAAUGAAAAUCACUUCAUUUGGAUGACUGAUAAUGACGGCAGUUACGGAGGUACUCUUGGAAACACUGGAUGAUCUGGGCGAUGAGGAGCUUAAGAUCUUUAAGUGGUUCCUGCAGCAAGCUGAAAUCCUGGAAGACUUCCCAGCCAUCCCAAAGAGUCGUCUGGAAAAGGCUGACAGACUGGACACACUGGACCUGAUUGUGCAGACCUACAGUGAACAGUCGGUGGAGGUGAUCAAGAAAGUGUUGAAGAAGAUCAACAGGAAUGAUCUGGUGCAGAGUUUGUCCAGCAUCAGCUCAGAGUCUCCAUAUUUGCUGGAGCUACAACCUGACCCUCCAGAACUCAUUGCAUCAUACCACUGCAUGCUCCAAUCACACCUCCAGAAUAGGUUUAUGUGUGCACAAGAAGGGUGGACAGAAAGGGUGGAUAAAAAACACCUGGAUGACGUCUACAUACCACUUUACGUCACAUAUGGGAGUGUUGUAAACAUCACCAGGCAGCAUGAGGUCAGCUACAUUGAGAUGGCAUUAAGAGAACCAGAGGUAACAGAGAAACCAGUCCAACCCAACGAUAUCUUCAAACAUCCUUCUGGAAAAAACACACCAGUAAGAACAGUCCUGACCAGUGGGAUUGCAGGAAUCGGCAAAACAUUCCUUGUACACAAGUUCAUCCUGGACUGGGCAGAAGGAAGAGCCAAUCAACAUGUGCAUCUUACAUUCCCCCUGACCUUCCGACAGCUGAAUUUACUGAAGGGUAGGAGGUUUCGUUUUGCAGAGCUCAUUCACAAAUGUAUCAGGGAAACGAGAGACAUCAAAGAGGAGGAUCUUAAUUACAUUUUCAAAGAAAUACAGGCUUCAGGAAACACCAACUAUGAUAAAAGUAAAUUCAAACUUCUGUUCGUGCUAGAUGGGCUGGAUGAAAGUCGCCUUCAGCUCAACUUCACCAGUAACCAAACUCCCAUUACUGAUGUGACACAGUCAAUUAGAGUAGAAGUCCUGUUGACAAACCUCAUCAAGGGGGAACUGCUUCCCUCUGCUCGCCUUUGGAUAACCACUCGACCAGCGGCGGCCAGUCAGAUCCCUCUUGACUUGGUUGACAUCAUGACAGAGGUCAGAGGGUUCACUGACCUACAGAAGGAGGAGUACUUCAGGAAGAGAUUCAGAGAUGAGCAGAUGGUCGACAGAAUCAUCUCCCACACCAAGACGUCACAAAGCCUCCACAUCAUGUGCCACAUCCCGGUCUUCUGCUGGAUCACUGCUACAGUUUUUGAGGACGUUUUGAAAACCAGUGAGAGAGGAGAGCUACCCAAAACUCUGACUGAAUUGUACACAGAAUUCUUGGCGUUUCAGAUCAGACAGACAAAAGAGAAGUAUGGCAAAGAGAAGAGCAUCCGGUACAUUCAGUCACUUGCAAAACUGGCUUUUCACCAGCUGGAGAAGGGGAACUUGAUCUUCUAUGAAAAAGAUCUCAAAGAAUGUGGUAUUGAUUUAAAUGAAGCCUCGGUGUGCUCAGGAGUGUUCACACAGAUCUUUAAAAAGGAGCACAGGUGGAAGAAGGUCAAGGAUGAGGAUAGGAUGUUCAGCUUUGUCCAUCUGAGCAUUCAGGAGUUUUUGGCUGCUGUUUACGUGGUGCAGUCACUUGUAAACAGGAACAAAAAUGUGAUGGAGCAACAACAACUCAAAUUCCAAAGUGUGCAGAUGCUUUUCAGCAAACCAUCUGUAGCAGAGAUCCACAGAACGGCUAUUGACAAAGCCCUACAGAGUCCAGAUGGACACCUGGAUUUGUUCCUCCGAUUCCUUCUGGGUCUCUCCCUGGAGACCAACCAGAAAGUCCUACAGGGCCUGCUGAAACAGAUGAUAAGUACUACAGAGGCCAAUCAGGAAACCGUGCAGUAUAUCAAGGAAAAGAUCCAUGAGAAUCCUUCUCCAGAAAGAUGCAUCAACCUCUUUCACUGUCUGAAUGAGCUGAAUGAUCAUUCUCUUGUGGAGGAGAUCCAGCAGUACCUGAGUUCAGAAAGUCUCUGUAUACGCAAAAUGUCUCCUGCUCAGUGGUCGGCUCUGGCCUUCAUCUUACUGUCAUCAGAAAAAAACCUGGGUGUGUUUGACAUGAGGAAGUACGCUGCUUCAGAGGAGGGUCUCCUGAGGCUACUGCCAGUGGUCAAGGCCUCUACUGUAUUCUUCUUGAGUGGCUGUAACCUGUCAGAGAGAAGCUGUGAAACUCUGGCCUCAGUUCUCAGAUCGCAGUCCUCCAGUCUGAGAGAGCUGGACCUGAGUAACAACAACCUGGAGGAUUCAGGAGUUAAUCUGCUCCGUCCUGGACUUGAGAGUCCACACUGUAAACUGGAAUCUCUCAGCUUGAGUGGCUGUAACCUGUCAGAGAGAAGUUGUGAAGCUCUGGCCUCGGUCCUCAGCUCGCAGUCCUCCAGUCUGAAGCAGCUGGACCUGAGUAACAACAACCUGGAGGAUUCAGGCGUGAAGAUGCUCUGUGCUGGAUUGGAGAAUCCACACAGUAUACUGAAAACUCUCAGGUUGAAUUUGUGUAACCUGUCAGAGAGAAGCUGUGAAGCCCUGACCUCAGUUCUCAGCUUGCAGUCCUCCAGCCUGAGAGAGCUGGACCUGAGUAACAACAACCUGCAGCAUUCAGGAGUGAAGCUGCUCUCCCCUGGAUUGUCAAGUCCACACUGUAGACUGGGAACUCUCAGGUUAUCAGGCUGCCUGGUCACAGAGGAAGGCUGUGCUUCUCUGGCCUCAGCUCUAAGCUCCAACCCUUCCCACCUGAGAGAACUGGACCUGAGCUACAAUCAUCCAGGAGACUCUGGGGUGAUGAUGCUCUCUGCAGGACUGGAGGAUCCACAGUGGAGACUGGACACUCUCUGUGUGGACCAUGCCGGAAUGCGCUGGUUGAAAUCUGGACUGAGGAAGUAUGCUUGUGAACUCACCCUGGACCCAAACACAGCACACCGUUAUCUCUCUCUGUCUGAGGACAAGACAACAGUGACUCUGGUGAGAGAGGAGCAGUCUAACCCUCAUCACCCAGAGAAAUUCCUCCACUGGAAGCAAGUGCUGUGUACAGAUGGUCUGACUGGCCGCUGUUACUGGGAGGUGGAGAGGAAGGGGUGGGUGUCUGUGGGAGUGACUUACAGGGGAAUCAGAAGGAGAGAGGAAACUGCUGACUGCUGCCUCGGGCUCAGUGACGGGUCUUGGAGUUUGUGCUGCUCUCGUGACCGUUACUCUGCCUUUCAUAAUGAUAGGCGAAUAACAGUCACACACGCUCCCAUCGUACGUGUUCCUGAAAGACUGGCAGUGUAUCUGGACUGGCCUGCUGGCGUCUUGUCCUUCUACAGGGUCUCCUUUGACACACUGAUGCACCUCCACACCUUCCAAUCCACAUUCACUGAACCCCUCUAUCCUGCAUUUGGGUUUGAGUAUCUGAAUAGAUCGGACUCCUCUGUGUCUCUGUGUCAGAUGGAAGAGGGAGAGUCAUCUGCAUAGACUCACACUUCUGCUAAAACAAGACAGUACAAGAUCACACACUUAAGAAAUGUGCAUCCUGACUUUUUGAUAUUACCCCUUGGAUUAUGCUGUAACGGAACAAUCAGUGUCAAUUGAUCCACAUGCAAGAGCAUUUUUGUCUUCUCUAGGGCUGUUUUCAUUGCAGGAACUUCGGGGUAAUUUUACGGGGACAUGACCGUUGGCGCAUGUCUCCAUAGCAGGAAGGUCACAGUCAAAACUGUUGCACAACGAUUACGCAACGAUGGAAACUGUUGCAGAAUGAUUACGUCAUCUCCAGAGUCCGGUGGGCCCUAUCAAGGUCCUACUCUGCAAUGGAGACACAACAGCUGAGAGGACCAAGUGAGAGGACGUUCCUGUAAAGUUCCCAACUCCUAAAUGUUACCUGGAACUUCCUUAAUGGAAAUGGGACUUCUGACUUUUUUUGAGUAAGGUAUUCCAAGUAGGAUUCAAUGACUCUUAACUGCACAAACUUGCUGUAAAUCUCUCGUUUCAGCCUGAUGUAUGUCACCAGGUCAUGAGGAGGUGCAAGUUCAUGAGACUUCAUCUUUAGCAUCAUCGGUGCAGCUCUGUCUGUGGGUUUCAUUUAGAAAAAAUGGUGAAGUAAAGUUUUUGCCCUGUGAACAGAGAGAAUCUCUGUAUAAAUUGAAUGAUAGGUCUGCAUCACAUGUAAAUAUUGUUCAUACUUUAGAAAAUUCUAAAUACCACAGGUUCUCUUAAAUCACUUUUACAUUGUGCAAAAAAUAGUUUCAUAUGAGUGUUUCUUGCAUGAGGCCUAAUGUCUACAAGCACUCAGAGUGAGGGUUGUAACAUACUGUAGCUUCUUACGUAACUUGUAUGUACGAUUUCAAAAUGACAGUUGUGUGUUUUUAUAUGACUGAUAGAUUAAAAUGGUUAAUUCAGCAACAAAAAUGUACUCAUGUCUAGUUUUUAAUGUAUAUUUUAUAUUACCAUGUACCAUGUUUGACUUCUUUUGU